CAUAAAUAUCAAUUAAAUUAGAAAUUGUUAUCAGAAAAAAAGAGUCGUAAUAUAAUAGCUGGUGAUGUUAUAUGGUAUUAGCCCUCAUGAUGGAACACAGUGAAGCCGAAACACCUAACAUAACAUACAAAACAUUUACGUUUGAGGACAACAACGAAAACACACAAGAGUCCCUUUCUGUUUCAAUACCUGAGCUGGAUCCACACUAUGGCAUGUAGUGUGGCCUUGUGCAGUGGUGCUGGCUCAGAUCUAUGGUCACAGAGAGGGAGCUGAGAGACAAGACAGUGUUGGAGCUCGGUGCAGGUGUGAGUCUGCCCGGUGUGGUGGCCGCUCGGUGCGGGGCCAAGGUGAUCCUGUCGGACAACGCCGAGAAGCCUCUCUGUCUGGAGAACUGCCGGCGCAGCUGUGCAGCAAACGGCCUCCACGACAUAAGCGUGUUGCCUCUCACCUGGGGGGAGGUCUCACCUGAGCUCACUCAGCUACCCCAGCUGGACAUCAUCCUGGGAUCAGACGUCUUCUACGAGCCCCGGGAUUUUGAAGACGUUCUCCUGACCAUCGCUUAUCUUCUGAGGAAAAACCCCAGAGCUCAGUUUUGGACCACAUACCAGGAGAGGAGUGCUGACUGGUCCAUAGAAGUGUUGCUCAACAGGUGGAAGAUGAGCUGUGUGGACGUUGAUCUGGAAACGUUUGAUGCAGAUAAAUCUGAGCUGGCUGGAUCCUCUCUGCCAGGAAACCACAGCAUCGACAUGAUGAUCAUCACCCUGGAGACUGGAGACCUGGGACUGUAGACUGUAUAUAACAGAAGUGAGAAUGUAGACUGUAUUUAAAAAAGCUACUUUUCCCAGGGACAUUUAUUUUCGUGAUAGUUGUUCCAUUUUAUAAUGAAAUAAAAUGGAAUAUAUUUUUAUUUCAUUGUAAAAAGGAACAUUAAAAAAAACGAUUUCCCCCGGGAUAAUUAAAGUAUCUCUGAUUCUGAUUAUGUGACCGUAAACUGGGUUUAUAAGGACUAUGUAUAUAAAAUAGGGCUGUCAGUCGAUUAAAAUAUUUAAUCGCGAUAAAUCGCAUGAUGUCCAUAGUUA